ACUGAUUACAUGCUUGCUCACCUUUCCCUCUGUCUUUCUCUCUGUCUGACUGCACUGGUCUCUGCGUCAGACUGUACCCCUCUCUCUUUGAAUCUCUAUUUCUGACUCCUCUUCUUGCUGCAAAUUCUACUGUUUUUUUUAAAUAUGUCUCAGGGGGAGAAGGUUGUUUGCAAUGUUGAAGAGUAUUUCCAGGAACGAGGGCCAACUGUCACAUUUAGCAACUUGCACUACUGUGUUCACGAGACGAGGUUCUGCCGCAAGGGAGGUGCUGAAAAACACAUCCUCAACGAUGUAAGUGGCAUCAUGAGACCUGGGAUGAAUGCCAUCAUGGGCGCCACCGGAAGUGGCAAAACAUCACUCCUGGAUGUGAUCGCAGGAAGAAAAGACCCUGCUGGACUGAAGGAAGGAAGAGUGAUGGUGGAUGGCAAAGUCGUCACGUCUGAGCUCAGGCUCAGCUCUGCCUAUGUGGUCCAGGAUGAUAUCCUGAUGGGCACUCUGUCUGUGAGGGAGAACCUCCUGUUCAGUGCCAACCUGCGUCUCAACCCUCGGGAACACACCACCGUGGACAAAAACAGCAGAGUAGAUGCCAUCAUACAAGACCUGGGCCUUACAGACUGUGCAGACACUAAGAUAGGGACAGAGUUUCUGCGUGGUGUAUCUGGAGGUGAAAGGAAGAGGUGUAGCAUCGGGAUGGAGCUCAUCACCUCUCCCUCUCUGCUGUUUCUGGAUGAACCGACCACUGGACUGGACUCUAACACUGCAAACUGUAUCAUCAAUCUACUGCACAAGCUCUCCAGAAGAGGUAAGACUGUGAUCUUCUCCAUCCACCAGCCACGCUACUCCAUCUUCAGACAGUUUGACCAUCUGACUCUGAUGCAUAAAGGGGAGGUGGUGUACGCAGGAGCGGCAGAUCAUACACUGGAAUACUUCACAAACCUUGGCUACCAAAUUGAGUCCUUUGACAACCCUGCUGAUUUCUUCAUGGACAUCACAAAUGGAGAGGCGAAAUCAUUUACAUCACCCACUGCAGAGUGUUAUAACCCACUGGCAACCAAGUACCGCCAGUCGCAGCUGUGCCAGGAUAUGCUUGAGGAGUUGAACCAUGUAAACCAGAGCGUUGCUGAAGGGCUCAAAGGUGAAGAGGAACCAGUCGACUAUGCUACCUCUUUCCUCUAUCAGAUGCGUGUGGUGUGUGGCAGGACAGUGCUGAACACUCUGAGGAACCCUCAGACCUCUUAUGCCCAGUUGGCUCUCAACAUCUUCUUUGCAAUUCUGGUGGGACUCAUUUAUUACCAAAUGCCCUUAACGCUGCCCGAGGCUCUACAGAACAGGAGCGGAGCGUUCUUCUUCCUUAUCAUCAACAUGGUGUUUGGGAAUCUCUCUGCUGUGGAGCUCUUUAUAAACGAAAGGGCGAUCUUCAUUCACGAGAACUCCAGUGGCUAUUACCGCACCUCUGUCUACUUCCUGUCCAAGAUUUUCGCUGAUCUCAUUCCCAAUCGCAUCAUCCCCAUCUUUGUAUUUUCAGCCAUCGCCUACUAUAUGAUGGGACUGAAGCCUGCCUUUGAGGCCUUCAUGUGUUUCUCCCUGACCAUGUCUCUGGUCAGUCUGGCAGGAGUCGGUCUGGCCUUCCUUGUUUCUGCCAGCGUAUCUUCAUUUGCCAUGGCUAACAUCCUCAUUGCUCUGCCCUUCGUCUUUAUGAUGGUCUUUGGUGGUUAUCUUGUCAAUCUCAAUGCCAUGCUGAGCUGGCUCUCCUGGCUGAAAUGGAUCAGUAUCUUCAGAUAUGGACUGAAUGCUGCAUUCAUCAACGAGUUUAAGGGACAGCUCUUCUACAGCAACACCACCAUUAUCCCAGGGGAGCUGUUCCUGAAAGGACAGGACAUUGACUACUCUGUGUGGGGCUUCUGGCAGAACCAGGUGGCUCUGCUGGGAAUCAUAUUGGUCUGCAUGUUCCUGGCGUACGUACAGCUGCGACGAAUCAACCGCUGGAAAUGAUGCCCGUCCAUCUGCUUAUGUAUCCAUUAACCAUGCAACCGUGUACUGUGUCUUUAUCUUUCAUCUUAUUUAUUCAACAGACCUUAAAUGAAACACAUACCAUCAUUUGGGGGGAAAAAUAAGAUUUAAAUUAUUAUUUAAAAUCAACAUAUUAGUUGAACAUUACACAUUCAACCUCUCUCCAUCCUUCACUCACUCACACUCUCACUGAUAAACAAACACACGUGUUGUAACAUUUGACUCCCAGGUGGAUAAGCUGCCACUAAGCACACUUGGUCUGUGCACGAGGGAAUGUACAGCAACCGCCACGCUGACGUCUAAGUCCAUACAAAGCUUCUUACAGUGACUGACACAACAUUAGCCAGAGUAAAGAGAAGAUGUACAGAAUUUAGUAUAUAUUACAGGAAAUACUUAAGUUAAAAAAAAAAAAUAAUUAACAAAAUUUAUAUAUAUAUAUAUAUAUAUAUAUAUAUAUAUAUAAGUCAGUGCCUAAAGCUAUUACCUUUUUUUAUUAAUGCCUCAGAGAAACAGUGAAGGAAUUGUCAUUUUAUUUUGAGUGAAAUAUACCUUUUUUGUUACAAACUUUAUGCAAGUUUUACAAAAAUAUAUUGAUAACUUAUCAGCAUGAGGUAUGGGUGUAAAGUCACGCUGUAAAACUCAGUUACACGGCAGAGAAAAAGAUUCACACAUGACGGAGAAGCAUUCAAAUGAACACUUGUUUUAAAGGUUUGAAAAUCAUCUUAUUCCACUCUGUCUGACGGUGUCACAUAUAUUCUGUGUCAUGUUGCAGUGAGGCUAUAUAUUUACACCAAGUGAAAUCCUCGAACCCAAGACUCUGUGAUUUUUACGGCUGCACCACUGCAUUAAAAAAAAUAUUUUCAA